UUAAAAAGCCACUAAAUUAUUUACUAUUUCUAUCUAAAAAAAGUAAAAUUGAAAUAAAAAAAGCAAAAAGAACGAACUUUUAAAAUCAAAUAAAUCUGUGCAAUCACCUCCAUUAAUAAAAUACUCGAUAGCUCAUUUGAUUUUAGACAAAACUCUAAAUAAUUUAUUCAUAUAAAUAAAACAUCAUAAAUGAUUGAAGAUCGCUAAUAACAUAGCUUCAGUUAACUAACUCAAUAAUCUCCAUCACUCACUUUACUUGAGGCUUAAGAGUAAAAUAAUUAACAUCAAUAAAAGAUUUAUGAAGAAUUUAGUGGUGAUUCACUAUCAACAACUCAUAACAAACAAAAUUCAAGCAUAAAUAUUCAUCCGUUGUAAUCUAUUGAAUUUAUAACUGAAGAUAUGGGUUUAGAUGCUAACUGUACUGAUACUCCUAGUUAAUUACAUUUUCUUUAAUAAAAAGCAAUUAAUACCUUAAGCUUAUGUAAAAAAGCUUAAUAAACAAAAUAAAUUGCUGUACAAGCUAACUAUAUAUAUAUCCCAACUUAAUAUUAAUUAAAAAUACUGAAUAGCCCAUCAACACAGUAUACUUAUAAUUUGGGUGGAGAAAUGGUUAUAGAUCUACGCUGGGUAAUGAAUAAUAUGGACGAUGAGACGUUGAAUGGUAUUGAUACUUCAUUUCAUAAAAUGUGUCCUAACACUUACACUCUUUAAAAUAAGUCUUUGAUGCUACAACUUGAACAACGCUAGCAGCCCCUCUUUUAAUUUAAAUUUUUGCCAUAAAUGCUUUAUUCCUUGGGUACUGCUAAAGCCUUACAAAUGGCAAAACUAGUUGAAUAAUACUAACAAUAUGUUGACUAUAAGAGAUAACAACUAUAAAGUAAAUAGGAAGAAAUUAAUGAAAUUGAUAAAACAACAAGAAGAGAAAGUUCUUAUUAAAACGCAAAAGCUAUUUUAUCAAAGCAAAACCCUAAUGAAUUCUUUUGUUCAUACAUUGGUUUUGGAGAUGAAGAAGAUUUUUACACUCAAAAAGCAUAGUGUUUUAGUCCUUUGCUGCUUGAAAUUUUGGGGGUGUCCUCUGAAGAAAUGGCUAAAAUUGCUCUUCGUAAGGGCAGUAUUUCAUUUUUUGACUGGAAAACUUAAUUUAAUAUUUCAAUGGGUCGCUUGAUGAUGGUAAGUAAAGAAAAUUCAUAAAGAGGAUAUCAGAAAUAAGAAGUUGAAAUUAUGACUUUUGAUGGGUUUAGAAUAAAAUCUACGAUUUAAUUUGAGUAUUAUCCAUUAAAUCAAAACCUUCUACCUUAUUCUAAUUAAGGCAGUUCAGAAGUAAAGUAUCUUCUUAUAGAUUAUCUAGUAAUAAUGAAAUUCUCUUUUCAUCCACUCGCAUUAAGAUAACUGAUGCUAUAUCGCUAAUCAGAUGCAUCAAAGACCUAUAAGUAAAGUCAAUUAGAAGAGGAAUUUUAAGAAAGUGUCUUCUCUUCUAUGUUUUUAGAAAAAUAUUAUGAAAAAGAACUAGAAAAUCUUGGAUAAAAAAAGAAAAAAAUUAGAAAAACAAAAGCUAAAGCUUAAGAAGAAAUGUCUUACUUCUCAAAGCUGUAAAAAAAUAAAUUUUAGAUUUCUUAAAAUUGA